AUGCCGGAUAGCUUCGUACCGGGGGCACGCGAAUAUAGCAUGCUCAGCGUCCUCGACCGUUUCGCUGCAGUAAGUGCAGUGCGGGGACAACGCAAACCCUCGCACUUGGAGAUACUCUCUGAAGAAUCCGUAUUCUCCGAGCACCUGCGACAAGUGGAAGUUUACGUCUCCGUGCUUUCGACUGACCCAUGUACCGAUGCCCGACACACUUAUCCGCCAUAUAAAUGUUUAUCUUUGAAUAUAUGUAUGGAUGGUUUAUCAUUAUAUAAAAGUAGCUCUGUACAAUUUUGGCCAAUUAUGGCCAAUAUUCAUGAAAUGCCAGAGGUACCUCCAAUGACCGUGGCAAUAUUUUGUGGCAUGUCAAAACCAGGUGAUCUGGAAUCUUAUCUUCGUCCUCUUAUUGAAGAAUUGAAUAUUUUAAAGCAAUACGGAAUAAUCAUAAAGUCUCGCACAUUUUCGGUAAACCUACGAGCUAUAAUAGCAGACUCCCCUGCUAGAUCAUUUAUAAAAGGCGUUGCAAACUUUAAUGCCAAAAAUGGAUACUUAAAAUAUUUACAAAAUUUCAAUAUGAUCGAUGGUGUAGUCACAUCUGAUCCAUUGCAUCUAAUCGAUUUAGGAGUUACGCGGAAGCUACUCUUAGGAUGGAGAAAUGGUUCAUUAGGCAUAGCAACAAAAUUAUCUGCUAAACAAACAAAAGAAAUUUCAGAAUCACUUUGUAAAAUUCAGCUACCAUCUGAAAUUCAUAGAGCGUUGAGGCCAAUAGAGCAUCUGCGCCAUUGGAAAGGAAGGGAGCUGAGCAAUUUUCUACUUUACCCAAGCUUAGUCGUUUUAAAAGAUGUAUUGUGUGAGGGCGCCUACAAUCAUUUUUUGUUAUAUUUUUCUGCAGUAACUAUGUUUUCCUCAGAAAAAUAUCGGCAAAAUUGGCAUGUAGCUGCAAAAAUGCUUGAAGAUUUUGUUGAUGAAUUUGGAAUGAUAUACGAUGAAAAAUAUCUUACAAGUAAUGUUCAUAAUUUGCUUCAUGUUUAUGACGAUGUUGAAAAUUAUGGUGUUCUUGGGACAAUUUCGUCAUAUCCAUUUGAGAAUCAUCUUCAAUUCUUGAAGAAAAUAGUACGUGGUGCAAUUUGGAACUGCUUCGUGUUAGUACAUAGGCCUAAAAUUCAGAUUGAGACUUGUGUCGUAAAUACGCAAUUAGAGAAGCAAGGCAAAUGUAAAUACAGCUUCUGUAUUGUACAGGUAAAAGAUGUGAUUGACCGGUAUUGUCUCUGA